GCCAGGCAGCUACCCCCCAGAAGACCAUGGCUACCACGGAGUAUAUGGGUGCCCAUUUGGCUUUUAAGAGCCGCUGGCACAAGACAGAUGAGGAGCUCUGUCGGCACAGCAUGUCCUUCAUCCUUCACAAGGCCAUUCGGAAUGAUUUUUUCCAGAGUUAUCUCUGCCUGCUAGAGAAGCUUCCUCUGGUCAAACUUUACGCUCUGACCAGUGAAGUCAUCAACGGCGACAUGCAAUUCUACGCCAGAGCCAAGCAUUUCUACAGGGAGGUGCCGGCAUCGGAAGAAGGCAUGAUGGGAGACUUUGUUGAGUUAUCCAGCACAGAUCUCGAGUCCUCCAGAGAAUUCCUUAGGGAUUUUGUAGGGGGCCCUGGCAAAACCAGAUGUGACUGUGCCCUCGACUGUGGCUCAGGAAUUGGUCGGGUCAGCAAACAUGUCCUCCUUCCUUUUUUCAAGCAUGUAGAGCUGGUGGACAUGAUGGAGAAUUUCCUGGCAGAAGCCCAGAACUACUUGCAUAGCUACAGGAAAAAAGUUGACAUGUAUUAUUGCUGUGGUCUCCAGGAUUUCACGCCAGCACCCAGAAAGUACGAUGUCAUCUGGAUUCAGUGGGUUUCAGGAAAUCUGACAGAUAAGGACUUGCUAGGGUUUCUUAUCCGCUGCCAGAAUGGCUUGAAGGAGAACGGUGUCAUCAUCCUCAAGGACAACGUGGCUCGCCAGGGCUGCAUCCUGGAUCAAAUGGACAGCAGCGUGAUCCGAGAUAUGAACAUCCUCAGUCACCUGAUUGAAAAGAGUGGACUUGCCAUCCUGAGGCAGCAAAGACAAGAAGGCUUUCCUGAGACGUGUGUCCCGGUCUGGAUGAUCGCCAUGCAGAAGAAUCCCACACAGGCCAGGAAUGGGGUGACUGAAAUGGGUCUUGAACUUAAGGACUUUGAGUUGAGAGAGAAUGAAGCAGCACAUGGUAAACCCCGUUAA